AUGGAACCCAGGAACACAUCCACUGUCACAGAGUUCCACCUUCUGGGCUUUCAGAAUCUCUCAGCCCUACAGGCCCUGCUGUUCCCUGUGUUCCUCCUCACGUACCUCCUGACCGUCACCGGGAACCUGACCAUCAUCGUGAUUGUGAGCCAGAAUCCUCGGCUCAACACCCCGAUGUACACCUUCCUCAAGCACCUCUCUUUGCUGGAGAUCUGGUACACCACGACUAUCGCCCCAAUGCUCCUGACCAGCCUGCUGUCUUGGAGACGGGCCAUCUCCUUCCCGGCCUGUAUGACACAACUCUACUUCUUUGUCUUCUUUGGGGCCACGGAAUGCUUCCUGCUGACCACGAUGGCCUAUGACCGUUACCUGGCUAUCUGUAACCCUCUCUACUACACUGCCUUGAUGAGCCCAGGAGCCUGCAUGAAAUUGGUGGUGGGGUCCUGGAUGGCUGGACUCUGGACCGCCCUCGUUCCCUCCUUGAUGAUCUCCAAGUUGAGGUUCUGCGGGCCCAACCAGAUUGAUCACUUCUUCUGUGAUCUCCUUCCCCUAAUGCAGCUCUCGUGCUCCAGUACGGCCGCUACAGAGACGGUCAUCUUCAUCCUGUCCGUUAUGGUGCUGUGCAUCUGUUUCCUCAUGACUUUGUUCUCCUACGUUUUCAUCGUGUCCACCAUCUUGAAGAUCCCCUCUGCAUCGGGCCAGAGGAAGACCUUUUCCACCUGCGGUUCCCACUUGGCUGUGGUCACCAUCUACUACGGGACCAUGAUCUCCAUGUAUGUCCGGCCCAACGCCCUCCUGUCGCCCGAUCUCAACAAGGUAAUCUCUGUGUUCUACACGGUGGUGACCCCGCUGCUCAACCCCAUCGUCUAUAGCUUGAGGAACAGGGACUUCAAAGAGAUACUGAGGAAGGUCGUCAAGAGGAAUAGUAGCAUCUAA